AUGUUGGGGACCCGCCUSAGGCUCCUGGUCUGGGCUCUGUGCRGUGUCUGCAGCACRCGYAUCAUCAGAGCCUAUCCCAACACCUCUYCACUGUUGGCCUCCAACUGGGGUGGCCUGACUCACCUGUACACCGCCACGGCCAGGAACAGCUACCACCUGCAGAUCCACAGGGACGGCCAAGUGGAUGGCACACCCCAUCAGACCAUCUACAGUGCCCUGCUGAUCAGAUCAGAGGAUGCUGGCUUGGUGGUGAUCACAGGUGUGAUGAGUAGGAGAUUCCUCUGUAUGGAUUUCAGAGGCAACAUUUUUGGAUCACAUUACUUCAACCCGGACAACUGCAGGUUCAGGCACCAGACGCUGGAGAACGGCUACGACAUCUACCACUCCCCGCAGCACCACUUCCUGGUCAGCUUGGGCCGGGCCAAGAGGGCCUUCCUUCCAGGCAUGAACCCGCCGCCCUACUCCCAGUUCCUGUCCCGGAGGAACCUCGUCCCGCUGAUCCACUUCAACACCCCGACGCCGCGCCGGCGGCACACCCGGAGCGCAGAGGACGACUCGGAGAGGGACCCGCUGAACGUGCUCAAGCCCCGGCCCCGCAUGACCCCGGCGCCGGCCUCCUGCUCCCAGGAGCUCCCGAGUGCCGAGGACAACAGCGUGGUGGCCAGCGACCCCCUGGGCGUGCUCCGUGGCAGCAGGGUCAACACGCACGCAGGGGGGGUGGGCGUGGAAAGGUGCCACCCGUUCCCCAAGUUCAUCUAG